ACCACCGGCUUUGAAAAAAACCAACCAACAAACAAUACGCGAGCAGAGGUUUUGGGGUAAAAUCAGCAGCCGAUGAGUGAUGAAGCAAGUCUCCUGUUACCAUGGGCAUCAGGACUGGGAGGCUGAAAAAGUAGUGGGCAGAAUGUUCUAGAUAACUGAGCUAACAUCGUUUGGAGCAGAAGCAGAUCAAGAAGGGAAAUUUUAGGGGAAAGAACUUCCUGACUGGAUGUCACAGAGCAGGUGGGAACUCUGCGGUGCUGAUUUCUUCUUUUAUUCUUCCUGGUUUUUUUUUUUAAGGGUUGGAACAAUGUUACACCUAAAGGAUCUGAACCAGGGUGGGAUGAACCUGGGGGAUAUGGGUGAAUUUUCUUUGGCCUGAAGGCCACCAGCUUUGGCAUGAGACAUUUAACACUUCUUAGCUAUAUAUGCUAAGUAAUUUAACUUCUCUGCCUCCAUUUGUUUGUAGAACUGGGGGUCAUGUUAGUCCCUAUAAAAAAAUAAAUGGUGGCUAUGAUCAUUACAAAUAAGUACUUAGAUAGGGGGAUGUCACUCUUCCCUUUGAUUCUGGUUUCAGAAUCGAGAUGAACAUCGAGGUUGGGAACGUUUCUUAUUCGGGAGCCAUCAUUUCCUGGUCGUCCUCGGAGCCCUGCCUGGAGGACUACUACCAUAUUAUGUACAGGCCCAACUGGAACAGCAUCUUCUCUGGCUAUCUUCGCUACAGCUUCCACCACGAAGAGAAGGUGCCUCGAACCAUCAGCUCCGUGGUGCUGGAACAUCUGGCUCCUUCUACUCUCUACUUUCUGUGUAUCAGCUGCAAGAAGAUCACCUUCCCCUACAGGCACUACUGCACUAUGUUCCACACUCUGGAUAAGAGCCCACUGGCUUCUGGAAGCUCCCUGGUAGACCCCCAAAUCUCCCUUUGGGUGCUGAUGGCCAUCCUGCUGGCCUGUUUCACAGCCGUCUUAGCCUUCAUCUGCCUCCAGUUCUGGUGCGUUCGCUGCCACGAGCCUCGGUGGUCUUACAGAGCUGGCCACAUGGAGGAAGCCAAUGGACUGGUGAGAUGGCCGGAAGAGGCGCCAGCUCUUGGUCAGGGGGAAGAAGACCUGCAGGGGCUCCCCCUGGUGGAAAUGCCGCGCAAGAACUCUGGAGCUGCCGCUGAACCGGAAGAGGAAGCUGCCCAGGAUGCCCCCGAGGAGGAGAUAGAUGCCUUACACAGGGAGGGGAGUGAUCAACCUGCCAGGCUGCCUCCGCUUGCGGAGUGAGAGGUAGGGAGGAGACAGCCUGCAUCGUAUAGCUAAAACCCUGCACGUAGUAGGUCUUUCGUUAAAAAAAAAAAAAAAAAAAUGUCUAUAGAGUACCCAUUUAGCUCCCUGCAGAUGUCUUGGGGAAGAACUGGUUUGGUGAAUGCCCUAUGACAAAACUUUUCAAACUCGAAAAUAUGUACUCCUAGGGUGUGCCAACGGAGAAAUGUGGCAUCCCUUCAGGAGAGCCCAUUGUGGGGCACAGUUAGACUUAAAAGCAUUAUUCUGACAUUAAAACAAACAUGGAUAUACCAUGGAGGCAAAAGUAAAAUUUAUAUGACAAAAUAAAACAAUACUUCCAGGAAAUUUUUGAGUUGUAGGUGAGCUCUUUGAGCUAUACCUUCAGUCUGCUGGUGGAUGUUCAGUCUUCUCUGAUGUGUAGGGGGAUUAUGUUGGGAAGGUAUGAGGAAGCCUUGUUCUAGAGUUUUCCAAAUCCCAGGCAAUCACACACCUUUCUGUACCCCAGCUCCAUAUUUUUUUUUUAAUCCUGGACUAUCUUUACAGUUAACAGUAUUUUUCUUUAAAGUGACUCAUUUUUGAAACUUGAACUUGUUUUUAAAAGAUAGCCUUAUAUUAUUACUCCAUAAAUAAAAAACUCAGUACUCUCC